GAUGAUGAUAGAUAUGAAGUAAUGGAAAAUAUUUUAUAUGAUUAUAAUUCUUUUCAAAAUAUUGAAUUAAUUGAUGAUGGAUCAUUUGGAACAAUUUAUCGUGCAUCUUCGAAGAAUCAUCAAGAACUUGUGGCAUUAAAAUCCAUUAAUAUUGAUCAUUCUUUUGAACAACUUCUUAAUGAGGCAAAACAACAUUGUAGAGUAGAGCAUCACAGUAAUAUAUUAGGAUUUUAUGGAAUAACAAAAGAAAAACAUAAAAAGAAUUACAUGUUUGUAUUAGAGUAUGCAAACAAUG